UUAAGUUGGGUUUUUUCUCAGUUGUACAAAAUUCUGGAAUUUUGUUUUUCCUCUAAACAAAAAACUGGUCACCUAUUUAACCCCUCGUGAGUUUGCAGAUCUGGUCUGACGUGUCUGCAGGUAAAUGGGUGUGAAACUGGUUCUGGUUCACUGGUUCUGUUGCAGUACAUGAUUGCUAUAAAUUCAUAAAUAUACCUUUUUAUUUAUCCUUACCCCGUCGCUUGUUGUAAUGCUAUAAAUGGCAAGCACAAUUAAGACUCAGGAAUCGGGAAACAUUUAUUGCCAAAAUAUGUCAAACAUACAAGAAAUUUGUCUUUGCUAUUGGUGCGUGGCAGUAGACAGUAACAAUAGACAAGACAGCAGUGCACAAGUAAUAAAAUGAAAUCCCUCUGAAGCAUGUGUGCAUUAAACGGCACCUCAUAAAUGUGAUCAAUUAAAGCUGUUCAGUCUUUUGUGUUUACCAAAGACAUUUUUACACGCGACACAAAGAUUUAAAUCUCUUUGCCGAUCAACAUCUGGGCAGCGUUGACUGACACGGGAACAACGUCGUAGUGAGUGGCUUGACAGAGCGUACAAGUCGUGUUUGACGUGGUCAUAAAACUAAAUGGUUCUGAUUGAGUGAAUUCACAUCUUUACAAGAUACUGUGCUUUAAGUAGCUGGUUAUUUUGGGAGGGUGGUUGCAUAAAUAAGUGGUUUAAGAUGUCACUGUGACUGAAAGGGGGAGAGCGCGUUGUGUCUUGACGUGUUAGAGGUUGUGUCUUCCUCAGAAACUUCCCCCACUCCACUGGUUGUAGAUUUAUUGGAGCUGUUCUGUUACUGAAAGAGGCUGAACCUGAUUCUGCAGCGUUAAAGCCCCAAGCGCUCUAUAAAUGAAGGAUCGAAGCAGGUCCCUCCUGGUCUUCGGUGAAAGGUGUGUGUGGACGGAGUGACUUCACAGACCGACAAGAACUUCAGCGCCAGCGAACCACCCAGACAAUAUGGCAAACCACAUCCACCCAUUAAUUGGAGUUUUGCACAGAAACUGUGAGCCUCUACCAGAAGAUACACCAGAGAUCCGGGGCUACGACUUCAACCAGGGAGUGGACUACCGCGCCCUGCUCAAGUCCUUCCUCAACACGGGCUUCCAGGCCACCAACUUCGGCCUGGCGACGCAGGAGAUCAACAACAUGAUAAAGAGGCGUCAGCAACCGGUGCCGGCGUUAAAUGGGGUCGUUGAAGAUCCGUCCACCUGUCCCUGCCUCAGGAGCUGCACCAUCUUCCUCAGCUGCACGUCCAAUCUCAUCAGCUGUGGAGUCCGGGAGAGCGUCCGCUACCUCGUGGAGCACCAAAUGGUGGACGUCCUCGUGACCACAGCCGGAGGUAUAGAGGAGGAUCUGAUCAAGUGUUGGGGUCCAGUUUACGUCGGAGACUUUUCUCUGUCUGGCAAGGAUCUGUACAACAAAGGCCUUAACAGGAUUGGGAAUGCUCUGAUGCCCGAAGACAACUAUGAGAAAUUUGACGAGAGGAUGAUGCCGAUCUUGAAGCAGAUGCUGGAGGAGCAAAACACCCAGGGCGUUCGCUGGACUCCAUCUAAGGUGAUCCAUCGGUUUGGUAAGGAGAUCAACGACCCACGGUCUGUUCUCUACUGGGCCUACAAGAAUAACAUCCCGGUGUUCAGCCCGGCCCUGACAGACGGCGCUCUCGGAGACCUGUUGUUCAUCUUCUCGCGAGAAAACCCCGGAUUGAUAAUGGACAUAGUUGAAGAUGUUUCAAAGUUGAACAACCUCGUGUUGGCCGCCAACAGCACCGGGAUCAUCACCCUCGGCGGAGGCCUGGCCAAACACCACACGUGCAACGCUAAUUGCUGGAGGGACGGAGCUGACUAUGCGGUGUACGUCAACACGGCUCAGGAGUUUGACGGCUGCGACUCGGGGGCCAGACCCGACGAGGCCGUGUCCUGGGGCAAGAUCAGACCAGAGGCCACACCCGUGAAGGUGUUUGGAGAUGCAACCAUAAUCUUCCCCUUGUUAGUGGCAGAAACCUUUGCAGUACACGCCAAGGCUGCAAAUGGCGAAAAAAAAGAAUGAAACAAUGCAUUUUCAAGAGAGUCUGCAAUGAUGUGUUCAUUGGCUCCAUAGUUUUUUAGAUUUGGGGGUUUUAAUGAUUCUUUUUUGUGGGGCCAUUUUGCUUUUAUUAGAAUCCGAGGAUCUCUGAGGCACACGCUGCCUUACCUGUGCUAGCAAGAGGCUGCUUGUCUUAAAUUGGUUCCUGUUUCUGAUUGGUCACACCCUGCAUGUUUUUUAUAGUUAGCUCCUGAUUGGUUAGAAGAAGUGGAUGUGGAUACUUCAACCUUUUCACUAUUUGACAUGUACUUGCCAUCUAAUAAAGGCUUACUUUGGCUUUCCCCGCCAUCCUGAUCCUGUUAAUGCUACCACAUGGAAACCAGGCAUGCAGAUGUAGAUCUGACCAGAAGUCUCUGAAGAGGGAGUGGAAUCUUCCUUUCAUGUGCACUUUGUGUGUGAUUUGAGUCUAGUCUCCUGUGAAUAUGUCAACUUGAGUGUUGUGGAUCAGUUUUGAUUUCAUUAUAUUUGGUUGUGGUGGUUUAUUUCAUGAUUUUCCCACAAAUCUUGUGAGUUCCAUUUAUCAAUGCUUAGGGCUGCGCAACUUUUACUCUAUCAAUCCUUUAUUGUGGCCACUGUUAAGUACUUCUAUUUGACUUUCCAUGCUGCCACCUACUAGAAUGGAUUUAAUGAAUUGUUAAUAAAAUCUGUGCUUGGUAUUGCA